AUGGCAAGUGAUGGUGAUGAGGAGGAAGAAGAGUUUGAUCCUAGAUGGACACAGCCUAGUCACCAGCACCAGGAGAGCUAUUGGGUUCUUCUUCGUGGCUGGAGCUGGGGGCAAAGAACUUGGGUUCAGCAUGUUGAACUAAGUGGACUCGAUGGAGUGACUGAUGCCGGGGUUCUUCCACUGCUAGAGAGUUCUGAGGCUGGUUUGGUUAAAGUGAACCUCAGUGGCUGCAGAAAUGUCACAGACAAAGUAGUUUCAUCCUUGGCCAACCUUCAUGGUUGGACUCUUGAGAACCUAAACCUUGAUGGUUGUAGAAACAUCAGUGAUGCUAGCUUGAUGGCAAUUGCUGAAAACUGUGCAUUGCUAUGUGAUCUAGAUGUCUCCAAGUGCUCAAUCAUAGAUGCUGGGAUAGCGGCCCUCGCACAUGCCCAACAGAUUAAUCUGCAAAUUCUCUCUUUGUCAGGUUGCGCUUUGGGUCGGACCCUUUUGGGACUGAACAUCCAGCACUGCAAUGCAAUUAACAGUUGGGUUCUUCUUCGUGGCUGGAGCUGGGGGCAAAGAACUUGGGUUCAGCAUGUUGAACUAAGUGGACUCGAUGGAGUGACUGAUGCCGGGGUUCUUCCACUGCUAGAGAGUUCUGAGGCUGGUUUGGUUAAAGUGAACCUCAGUGGCUGCAGAAAUGUCACAGACAAAGUAGUUUCAUCCUUGGCCAACCUUCAUGGUUGGACUCUUGAGAACCUAAACCUUGAUGGUUGUAGAAACAUCAGUGAUGCUAGCUUGAUGGCAAUUGCUGAAAACUGUGCAUUGCUAUGCGAUCUUGAUGUCUCCAAGUGCUCAAUCAAAGAUGCUGGGAUAGCAGCCCUAGCACAUGCCCAACAGAUUAAUCUGCAAAUUCUCUCUUUGUCAGGUUGCGCUUUGGUCUCAGACAGGAGCUUGCCCGCCUUGAGAAAAUUGGGCCGGACCCUUUUGGGAAUGAACAUCCAGCACUGCAAUGCAACUAACACUUGGAUUCUUCUUCAUCAUCUUUUACCAACGACUUUUGAAUGCAUCUUCUACCACCAGAUUUCCAUCCUCCGCAAUUCGAAAAACUCCACUGGAAUCGGCAACAAGAUCUUCUCUGUUGGCAACCCACACCAUUGUUUGUUGUUUCAAGCCGUGAUACCAAAUCUCCAGAUAUUUCCUUCCACUUUUUUCGCCAGGAGAAAAGAAGCCCAGCUCAAAUGUGGCGUUUGA